AUGUUGUGCGAGCAAAUCAAAGUUGAAAAUGCAACGACACUAGCCCCCUCGCAACGACAGCAAGCACUCGAUGAUCAUCGCCAGGACGGUCGAUCAGCAGUGCACUCACCCAGUACCGCGACCAGUUCGACGCUUGGGAACAGCUCCCCAAUCCGCCCGUCUCGGUCAUCAGAGCUAGCCUCCUCAUUGGCCAGGGCCUCGUUCAAACUUAACGCCACUCAGUUCCACGCUCUCUCCGGUGACUUCAACAAGCUCAGCUCGUUCAUCACUCAGAAUCAUCUCAAUCAACACCAUCCAACUACUACAGGGGAUGAAAUCGUCCAAGUGGAGGACGGAAUGAGUUGUGGGAUGGCUGAGAUCUCAGAGCUACAUGACUGGGUGGAUGGACUAUUGACGCCAGCGCUAGCGGAGGUGAAGUUCAGCUACCGAACGACAAACGAGCUAACCGCUGCCUGGGCUGCCGCCGCUAGUCUCUCACUCGCCUCCUUCGCUCGUGGAAUCGCUAUCUUUUGCUCUAUCUCUGGCUGCAUUCAGCGCUCUUGUCUCUGA